AUGUGCUUUUAAAGAGAGAGCUUUACAACCCCCCAUCUCUCUCUCUCUCUCCGAUAUCAGUCACUCUUUCUCUCUUUACAAUCCCGUGACUGAUCAGCCUUCAAUCCAGCAAAACAAGAGAAUUUCAGACAACCCAUCCAUGACAGCUCUAAUGGGUUCUCACCAAAUCUAGCAAUGACGUCACUUUCCGGCGAUUUCUUCGGCAUUAUCUUCCUCAUAUUGCUCUGUUUCACCGGCAGUGUCGCCGGAGCUACACAAUUCGACUUCGAAACCUUAACUCUGACGAGCUUGAAGCUCCUCGGAGACGCCCACUUGAACAAUGGAAGCGUGAGGCUCACUCGCGACCUCGCCGUCCCCAACUCCGGCGCCGGCAGAGCCCUCUACUCCAAACCCAUCAGAUUCCGGCAGCCGGAGACUCAUUUUCCGGCUAGUUUCUCAACAUUCUUCUCCUUCUCCGUCACAAACCUCAACCCCUCCUCAAUUGGGGGCGGACUCGCCUUCCUUAUCUCGCCGGACGACUCCGCCGUCGGCGACGGCGGCGCGUACCUCGGCCUCAUGAACCAAACUGGUGGUCCGAUCGGAACCGUUGCAGUCGAAUUCGAUACCCUCAUGGACGUACAGUUCAUGGAUAUCAAUGGAAACCAUGUUGGUUUGGAUCUAAACUCGAUGGUUUCAACCAAGAUCGCCGAUCUAGAAUCCAUUGAUGUCGAUCUCAAAAGCGGCGACCUGGUCAACUCGUGGAUCGAUUACUCCGGGUCGACUCGGAUCUUCAACAUCUCUGUUUCGUACUCCAAUCUCAAACCCGAAGCUCCACUCCUAUCAUUCACUCUCGAUCUCGAUCAGUACGUGAGCGAUUUCAUGUAUGUUGGGUUUUCCGGGUCGACUCAGGGGAGUACAGAGAUUCACAGCAUAAAUUGGUGGAGUUUUAGCUCAAAUUUCGAAGUGAGUUCAAAGUCCGAGUCAUCAUCACCACCACCAGUAUCGUCGUCGUCGUCGUCGUCUACGCCGCCUCCAUCGGCGACUUUGAUGAAUCCAACGGCGGAUUCAAUCAACCCACCACCACCUUCUCAGCCACCAUCACAGCCAAACAGUACUUUAUCACAAACCACUGAAAAAACCAGUAAGUGCCAUAACCAGUUGUGUAAAGAUGGCCCAGGGGCUGUAGUUGGGGUUGUAACAGCUGGGGCUUUUUUUCUAGCUUUCUGUGCUGUUGUUCUCAUCUGGGUUUACUCCAAAAAAUUCAAAAACUUGAAGAAUUCUGAUCCCUUAACAUCUGAAAUUAUCAAAAUGCCCAAAGAAUUUAGCUACAAAGAGCUCAAAUCAGCAACCAAAUGCUUCAAUUCCGCCCGAAUCAUCGGUCACGGCGCUUUUGGAACAGUCUAUAAGGGUAUAUUACCAGAGAGCGGUGGCAUUGUCGCGGUGAAGCGGUGUAGUCAUAAUGGCCAAGGAAAGGCCGAGUUUUUAUCCGAAUUGUCGAUAAUUGGGACUCUGCGGCAUAGAAAUCUAGUUAGGCUUCAAGGUUGGUGCCAUGAAAAGGGUGAAAUUUUACUAGUUUAUGACUUAAUGCCUAAUGGGAGCCUGGACAAGGCAUUGUUUGAGUCAAGGAUGCCAUUGUCAUGGUUUCAUAGGCGUAAAAUAUUGAUGGGUGUUGCGUCUGCAUUAGCAUAUUUGCAUCAAGAAUGUGAAAAUCAAGUGAUUCAUAGAGAUGUGAAGACAAGUAACAUAAUGUUGGAUGAAGGGUUCAAUGCUAGGUUGGGUGAUUUCGGGUUGGCUCGUCAAAUCGAGCACGAUAAGUCACCUGACGCGACUGUGGCAGCAGGUACGAUGGGAUAUUUAGCCCCAGAGUACCUGCUUACGGGCAGAGCAACUGAGAAAACUGAUGUUUAUAGCUUUGGCGCGGUGGUGCUAGAGGUGGCUAGUGGGAGGAGACCCAUUGAGAAGGAGGAGGCUAGUGGGGUUGGGAGAGUUGGGGUUGGGACCAAUUUGGUGGAAUGGGUUUGGGGUUUGCAUAGAGAAGGGAGGCUGCUAGUGGCUGCUGAUUCAGGGCUUGAUGGUGAGUUUGAUGAGAGUGAAAUGAGGAGGGUGCUUUUGGUUGGGUUGGCUUGUUCUCACCCUGACCCAUUGGCUAGACCCACAAUGAGGGGUGUUGUCCAAAUGCUUGUGGGUGAGACUGAGGUCCCUAUUGUCCCUAGGGCUAAGCCUUGCAUGAGUUUCACCACUUCCCAACUACUAUUGAGUCUCCAGGACAGUGUGUCUGAUUUGAAUGGUAUGGUCACCAUCUCCUCCAUCUCCUCCUCAUCAGACGAUCACAGCUUCAAUGGUGGUGGUGGUGGUGUUGAACUUGUCUGAUCCAAAUCAGUGGUUGAGAUUUCAUAAUCUUAACUCAUAUAUAUUUAUAUAUAUAUUCAUUUGUUUAUUAUGGUACGUAUACGACAUAAUAACAUAAUAACAUCGAAUCACUAUCUUUAAAUUUCCUACUUCCACGUUUUAAAAUAUUUAUCUUCAUUGAAUUAUGUUGUCAGAUUAUUGAAUCUGGAGAUUGGAAGUAUUUUGAAACAGAGUGAGUUAGAGUUUUGAGGGUAGAGAAUUCUCAAUUUUGGAUUGUCUUAUUAUUUGUUUCUUUCUCCUUCAAUUAGUUAAGAGUGGGUUAAAGGAGGAGACAAAGAAAAAGGUGGGAAUCAUUUUCUUGCUAUGGGGUUGGAUGGAGAUUUUCUUUAGUUAUGGAUAGUUGGGUUUUUUUGCUUUUACAAGUAAAGCUUUAGUCAAAAAGCAACCAUUGGGAGCUUGAGUAGAGGCUUGGAAAAGUAUAGUAUAGUGUAGUGACAAAAGUAGUGCAUAUUUAUUACUUUUCAAAGUUGUUAUUAUUUUAUUUUCUUUCCUUUUUGUUGUGGAUAAUGAAACAGAGAAAUGAAUGAAGUGUUUUGUA